UGGCUUACGUGCUGCAAUGCGAUUUGUGCCACCAAAGAGAACGGGAUCGCAACUGUGGCAUUUCUGGACUAAAGCAGGAGCCAUUUAGAGAAAUUCAGAGAGUGCUUAAGAAGCUGCAUGGGCACACACACGUGGACUCAGUAUGCCGAGGGUGCAGAUAAUGACGUCAAAGGGGGAAUUUUAGAAAUUGUCCUCUGGGCACAGAUGACCAAGAGCUGGGCAAGGAGCAUCCUGAAGGACAUCAUCACCUGGAAGCAGACGGCUCUUGGACUUUUGUCAUCAACGCUUCCAAAUCCUUUGUAACACAGUCUCUCCCGUUAGGAUGGUCCUGAUGGUCCCAGGAUUGUCUGCUGUCUGCUCAGUUUAGCACGCCCAGAAGCCAGAGAGGUCCCUGACAGCUGGAUCCAUUCUGUCUUAGAAAAGCAACUGACUGCUUUGCGAACUCACAGCUUACCCUUUGGCACCAUGGAAUUGUUUUGAACGUCUUUAAUUUUUUUUUUCCUACUUAAAAUGUCAGCAGAGUUGAUAGAGUCUUGUUAAGAAGCUGCUUCUGAUUUCUGAGGCUGCCAAGGGCAUCAGAUGACAUGAAAACCUCUCGGCCGGGUUCAAGAUUCACAAAGGAUUUCUCCAAACAUCUGCUAUGUUUAGAAGACCCUGCAGGAAUCCCUUGAAGAAUUGGAAAUUCCGGCUUGACCUUCCAAAAUUUGAGAAGAAUGGCUGAAAAGGAAAGAUGAACGCCCGAGGAGAGCAUGAGGGCCCCCUUAGUGAUUGAUUGAUUGAUUGAUUGAGUCUGCUGUGACUGGCUGAUUUGGCAUUUCCCAUCACAAUUUGGUGUCUUCAUGUGCUGUCCAGCAUCUACCACAGGUCAGAUGGAGCUUAGGAAAACGAGGGAACCUAGUAAUAAAAGGGUCAAACCCCUUUCAAGAGUCACAUCACUAGCAAACCUCAUCCCACCUGUGAAGACCACGCCGUUAAAGCGCUUCAGUCAAACCUUGCAGCGGUCCAUUAGCUUCCGAAGUGAGAGCCGGCCAGACAUCCUCGCCCCCCGCGCCUGGUCCAGAAAUGCCACCUCCUCAAGCACAAAGCGGAGGGACAGCAAGCUGUGGAGUGAGACCUUUGAUGUGUGUGUCAAUCAAGUGCUUACAGCCAAGGAGAUCAAGCGACAGGAGGCGAUCUUUGAGCUUUCUCAAGGUGAAGAAGAUUUGAUAGAGGACUUGAAAUUAGCAAAAAAGGCCUAUCAUGACCCCAUGCUGAAACUCUCCAUAAUGACAGAACAAGAACUGAAUCAAAUUUUUGGAACACUGGACUCUCUAAUCCCCCUCCAUGAAGAGCUCCUUACUCAGCUUCGAGGCGUUCGGAAGCCUGACGGCUCCACAGAGCAUGUUGGUCCCAUCCUCGUGGGCUGGCUGCCUUGUCUCAGUUCCUAUGACAGCUACUGCAGCAAUCAGGUUGCGGCCAAAGCCCUCCUGGACCACAAAAAGCAAGACCACAGAGUCCAGGAUUUCCUUCAGCGCUGCUUAGAAUCCCCCUUCAGCCGAAAACUAGAUCUCUGGAAUUUCCUUGAUAUUCCCAGGAGCCGUCUAGUGAAAUACCCUCUGCUCCUUCGAGAAAUCCUGAGGCACACGCCAAAUGAUAAUCCAGAUCAGCAGCACUUGGAAGAAGCUAUAAACAUCAUUCAGGGCAUUGUGGCAGAAAUCAACACCAAGACUGGGGAAUCGGAAUGCCGUUAUUAUAAAGAGCGGCUCCUUUACUUGGAAGAAGGCCAGAAAGAUAACCUGAUUGACAGCUCAAGGGUCCUGUGCUGUCAUGGCGAACUGAAAAAUAACCGGGGUGUGAAACUACAUGUUUUCCUGUUCCAAGAAGUGCUUGUGAUCACUCGGGCUGUCACCCACAAUGAGCAGCUGUGCUACCAGUUGUACCGGCAGCCCAUCCCUGUGAAGGACCUCACGCUGGAAGACCUGCAGGAUGGAGAAGUGCGGCUGGGCGGCUCCCUGCGCGGAGCCUUCAGCAACAACGAGAGAAUUAAGAACUUCUUCCGAGUCAGUUUCAAAAAUGGAUCCCAAAGUCAGACCCACUCACUACAAGCCAAUGACACCUUCAACAAACAGCAGUGGCUCAAUUGUAUUCGCCAAGCCAAAGAGACAGUUCUGUCUGCUGCCGGGCAGGCCGGGCUGCUUGACUCUGGGGGACUGUUCGUGGGUCCUGGCACUGAGAACGCGGAACCACGAGGAGAGACAAAACUUGAGGAGAUGGACCAAUCGGACAGUGAGUCGGACUGCAGUAUGGACACCAGUGAGGUCAGCCUUGAGUGUGAGCGGAUGGAACAGGCAGAGGUCUCCUGUGCGAACAGCAGAGCAGAGGAAAGCGUCUGACGGAAGGAGGGCUGUGCCCAUGUCUUACCUGUACAGUGUUCGCAUUCCACACAUGAACAGUUCGGAGAGGCACUUGUGUCCCUUGUGUCUCUACUUGUCCCUAGUACUGUAACGGCCACCCGCUCUGCGUCAGCUGGAAUCUGUGGCUGCCCUUCCCACGCUGCUCCGGCUCAUGCAUCUGGAUGAGUGGAGAGGGGAUGAAUGAGUUACUCUGAGUUGUCCUACUGGGUUUUUCCAAAACAGAAAGGACCUCUAAACUACUGUUUGCAUGGACUGCAGAGACAAGUCAUUUGUACCAUGCUCCUCUGGGGUUCCUAUAGCUCUUCAACACAGUAGCUGAAGACCUGGAAUCAAGAGAGCUUUACUGGGGAGUGAAGCCAGGAAAGUCCAACCCUUGUAGUGAACUUGGGUUCCGUGUUAUUCAGCUAGAAAACAUGAAAACAUCUCUGGGGGUUUCUGAGGUUUGGUUUUGCAAAGGAGGAAGCUUUGUUUGAACCUUGUGGUUUCAUCCAGUGCGAGUUGAAUGUAAUCAUCAAUGAAGACAUGAAAAAAGAGCCAAGGUGAAAACAGCUGCUGGACAGGCCUGGUGGCCCAGACCUCCAAUCCCAGCACUUGAGAGCAGAGGCAGGAAGAUCUGGAGUUCAAGCACAGCCUUGGCUAUACACCAAGUUCUAGGUCAAACUGAGUUCUGUAGUGAAAACAAAACCAAAAAGCUAAAAGUACCUGCCAGUUCUGAAUCUUCAGCUGAAAUGGGGAUGGCUGUGGGAGCUGUUUGUCAUGGCUAGUGUCUUGCCCAAAAGAGCCAUUUCUAGCCUACACCACCGGGAGAGAUUCCCAGGGCCAGGGCAGAUCUGCUGAGAUUUGGAGACCCUGUCUGCUUUAUGUUCCUUCUGCCCUGUUUCAGAGUGGUCACAGUGUGACACAGAGAUGGUGACUGUUUACAAACCGAGAGAAGGACUUGGGAGUGAGAAAUGUGUCCCCAGCACCGAAGCCGCCUGUGGGAGCCUCUGAAGCCAUCGUUAGCCUAGCGGGGCUUGGGAUUUCCUGCUCUGCUUCGGGGCCCUGUGUUUGCGUCUCCGGUUCUUGAGCUAUAAUCAGAAUGGUGAUGAAAUCCUCCUGAGACCAAUUUCAUUAGCUCUGAUUAACUAGGAUCAGUUAGCUAGCCAAACUGGAAAGUGCUGUGUUCCAGCCUUAAUUUACAGAGCAAGGAUGGUAAAGAGACCUUGGGGGGGAAGAAAAGUUCACAAAAUACAUGAAACAGCUCCCUGCAAGUGUAAAUACUUAGGGGACUUGUACAAAAUUAUAUCAGCACUAGUAGCUAGUGAUUCUAAAUUAUUGCCAAAAAGUUUCUUCAUCUAUCAAGUUUACAGAAAAGCAGCAAAAUACAAAAUUAACCCUUUAUCAUAUACAUGUGCAUGGAAAGAAGCUGGAUGACUAGAGUUACCAAAAGAAAAACAAAGUAGAUUACAUUAUUAUUUUUCAAAACAAAUGUUAUGAUCAGUUCUACUCUGUAAAGCAUAUUUCUGUAUUUAUAGAUUUUUAACCGUGGUGAUUUUUUUUAUUGCAAGUUUAUUUAAAACCACUUUGUUUCUCCAGUUGCUGAUUUAGCAAAUGAACCUGCUGCAGACAAAGAGAAAGCUGAGACAGGGACCCUGGAUGGUGGAGAAAAACCUGAGCUGUUCUCUAUGGAGCCGCUGGCCGCUCUGGCCAAAAAGUUGAGAAAAGGUCUCUAUCGGGGUCAGUUUAUGAGAAGAGGGUGGAAAUGUUUUGGCAAAAAUGAACACUUUUUGUAUAAUGGCCUUUAACUUUUCUGGAAGCAUUUCAAAUAAAUUGCAUUAAAGAUUUCUUCUUCUAUGGUGUAUGCUAAACCACCAUCAA